AAUGUUCGGAAUGGCUUCUCUAGUCUAGUACGUAGUACAUAUAACUCAAUGAUCUUUAUCUACAUUCUAUACUAAUAAAAUGAUUCCAUAUAAAAUCAUUUAAUAAUUUUUAUUUCCGAGUAAAAUAAAAAUUAAUUAAAAAUAUUGGCUUAAUGAAAAGUUCUAAAUUAUAAUUACGCCAUAAAAGAUUAUAUGUGCGCUAUAUUAAAUAAAAAUCGUAUUAAAACAAUGCAGUGGAAAGUCAUGUAUACUUAAUCAUGACCUUUAAUUUAAAGAAUAUUUUUCAAUAACUUUUUGAAGGUAAGUUGAACCGAAAGAAACGAUAAUAGUCUGCAGCUGCACAUCCAGUUUCCAGUCCCCUUUAGGGCUAUAUAUGUUCUGUGUGCACAUCACACCACAGUGCAAACAAUGGCCUUUGUUGAUUGAUAUUAUUUAUUCAAAUCAUAUCAAAUUUGAUAGAAGAAUAAAAAACUGUAUAAACAAGUUUGUGCAUAAGUACAGUUUAAAAUAAUUUUCUACAAUCAACAUCAACAUUAUGAUAGGGUUCAAUGAUUUGGCAUGCCAUUUUAAAUAUUUUCCUAAGUAAAAGAUCAAAGAAUUUUGGAAAAUACAAACCUUUAGAAUGUGAAAUAAAACAUUACAGUUUGUAUGCAAUCUUCUAAUUUAAGCCAAACGUAAACACCUCUUGCAUUUGACUCGGCAAACAAGUUGCAAUCUGAUGGAAGAAUCUAGGAUUAAAUAUUUAUCAUAAUCCUUUAAACUACUGAUUAGUAAGCCAAAGUGGCAAUGGAUCGGCCAUAUAGCUCGAAGAACCAACAACCGAUGGGGAAGCAAGGUUCUCAAGUGGCAGUCUUGUACUGGUAGAUGAAGUGUGGGGCGGCCCCCCACUAGUUGGAGUGACAAGCUGGUAAUACAUACAGGAAGUCGAUAGAUGUAUGCCAUGUGGAUGAUUUAGCGAUAUCAGCGGCCGCCGAGAUGCUGCCGGAAGUCAGCGCGCGGCCAACAGCGCCCAUCCACGUGCCCACCGCGGCACCCCAUGCCACUGGCAAGCACACAGUGCACUGGUUCCGUAAGGGACUACGCCUCCACGACAACCCAGCUUUGCGUGAAGGACUCACCGAUGCUGUCACGUUUCGUUGUGUUUUUAUUAUCGACCCAUGGUUUGCUAGCUCGUCUAAUGUUGGCAUUAAUAAAUGGAGGUUCCUUCUACAAUGUUUGGAAGAUUUAGACAGUAGUCUUCGCAAGCUAAAUUCGCGUCUUUUUGUGGUCCGCGGUCAACCGGCCGAUGCUUUACCAAAGUUGUUUCGUGAAUGGGGCACAACUGCGCUCUCAUUUGAGGAGGACCCUGAACCUUUCGGUAGAAUUCGAGACAACAACAUUAUGGCAAAAUGUCGUGAGGUCGGCAUCAGCGUGAUCUCAAGAGUUUCACAUACACUCUAUAAAUUAGACAAGAUUAUAGAGCAUAAUGGUGGUAAAGCACCACUGACGUACCAUCAGUUUCAAGAGAUAAUUGCAAGUAUGCCGCCGCCACCGCCCGCUGAAGGGAUGAUCUCGACGCAAACUCUUAACGGAGCGACCACUCCGCUCACUGAUGACCACGAUGACCGCUUCGGAGUACCUACGCUCGAGGAAUUAGGAUUCGAGACGGAAGGUCUGAAGCCCUCGGUGUGGAUCGGUGGUGAAAGCGAGGCGUUAGCAAGAUUGGAAAGACAUUUAGAACGCAAAGCUUGGGUAGCGUCAUUCGGAACGCCUAAAAUGACUCCGCAGUCUUUAUUAGCAAGCCCUACGGGAUUAUCACCGUACUUAAGGUUUGGAUGUUUAUCAACAAGAUUAUUCUAUUAUCAACUUACGGAAUUAUAUGAAAGAGUAAAACGUGUGCGCCCGCCAUUGUCCCUGCAUGGACAAAUACUUUGGAGGGAAUUUUUUUACUGUGCUGCUACGCGUAAUCCAAAUUUUGAUCGAAUGAAAGGCAACCCGAUAUGCGUGCAGAUACCUUGGGAGGAAAACCAGGAAGCUUUCGCCAAGUGGGCUAAUGCUCAAACUGGCUUUCCUUGGAUAGAUUCUAUUAUGGUGCAAUUGAGAGAAGAAGGAUGGAUCCAUCAUCUAGCACGACAUGCAGUUGCUUGUUUCCUUACUAGGGGCGACCUAUGGAUAUCCUGGGAGGAAGGCAUGAAGGUAUUUGACGAAUUGUUACUGGACGCUGACUGGUCAGUCAACGCAGGCAUGUGGAUGUGGCUGUCCUGCUCCUCCUUCUUCCAGCAAUUCUUUCAUUGCUAUUGUCCCGUUGGGUUUGGCCGAAAGACAGAUCCCAAUGGUGAUUUCAUUAGGAAGUACAUGCCAGUGCUGAAGGACAUGCCGACGCAGUACAUCCACGAGCCGUGGGCGGCGCCCGCGUCGGUGCAGCGCGCCGCGCGCUGCGUGGUCGGCCGCGACUAUCCGCUGCCCAUGGUCGACCACGCUAAAGUCUCGCAGAUCAACAUAGAGCGUAUCAAGCAGGUCUACGCGCAACUCGCCAAAUACAAACCACAAGGUUCAAUCAACCCACAAGUUGUUGCCCGACCUAACAUGGAGCCCUCAUCGCCAAGCCCAACAUCUAUAAUAACAAGCAUAAAUCAAUCUGACUACCUGUGCAGUCAACCUUCCGACUCUCAAUCGACUACAUCUACGCGAUCGCCACCUUUUAAAGAAGCAGAGGACAUAAUUAUUCAACCAAAUAGUAAUACUAUUUGCGAUACUAAACAGACAUUAAAACAAAUUGUCAUAUCACAACAAGAUCAAACUGUGCCAUUGAAAAACCAACAGACCGAGGGAAACAGUGAACUGGAUAUGUCUUUCCAAUUGAAUCCAAGGAAACAAUAAAAUUAUGACUUGAAAAAUUUAAUGAUAAAUAACCUCAAGAGAAAUUUCGUAAUCAGCUCACGCACAAAAAUUAUAGAUUAUCACAUACAGAUUAAUGCUGCUGUGUUUCGUAUCGAUGUUGAGUGUACAGAACAGGAGACCCUUUUUACUGGAAACGAGGCAUUCCAUCUUAGUCAUCACCAGGCCCGUGACAGCUUAGUUCCAUUCUACGCAACUUGGCGCUACCGUCGCAAUUUGUUCUCUGGCUACGGACGCCAUUUUAAAACGCCAUAUUGUGUUAAUGUCAAAUCAAAUUGACAAAAUUAUCGAUAUUGAUUGCCGCCAUUAUUUAUCUAAUUGUAUUGUAGCCUGAGUUAUGAGUUUAGCGCAAGUGUAUUUCCUCGCAUUUAUGUUGCAUUGAGAUCUUGGACGCAAAGUUUCCUCCGUUAUUUGUGAAAAUAACAAUAUUCUGUUUUGUGCUGGUCGUGUGCAUAAUUGUAUACUAUCUUAACGGAAUACGAAAAGUGCUGUGUUGGUGCAGAUUCCCUAAAAACGAUAAUUUAAGACACUUGUGGAUGUAUUUCAUAGUAUCCACAAAUUCCCAGAUCAUUGAACUUCCCAAAGAACGUUUCUUGACUAGGCAGAAAACUUCGAUAGGUACUCGUAUCCAUGCCUGCUUACUAACGAUUAAAUAGCUCAUGGCGUGCCUCUGACUGCAACAGGCGAGUAAUUUUAUUACUUAUCAUGGUACUUAAGUUUCGGCUGCUGAAAGUUGUGAUUUCUAAGUAGGUAUCAAGUGGACUCCAGUAAUGAAGUAUUGAACCAUACAUUUUGAAUAAAAAACAUUGCAUCACUUUGUGAUUAUUUCACCAGCCAUUUUUAAUUAUAACUACAUAGUAUAAAGUGGCAGUCACUUAAUAAAAUUGUGUCUGUAACUAUGGAAAGACAAAAAAUUAUAUAGAUGUUUGCUAUGAAAAUGUAUCGUUAUAAAAAUAUCACUAGAACAAAGCUUGCAAAAAAGUACAAAUUUUCAAAGAUGCCGCUUGAAUAUGGUUAAAUUUUUAGUUUUGUUUUAAUAAAUAAUGAUGUAAUUGACAUCGUCUGAUCACAACACUUUUUACAUUUAUAAAUUUUUCACAGUAUAUUUUAUUUCACUUUCCUUAUUUUAAGGUUAUUGAAAUAUUCAAGAUUUAUUAAAUCACUAAUGGAAAAAAUUGAAUACCACUGCUCAGCUUAUACUGCUGGAUACAUUUGUCGGAAAAUAUCGAAAGGUAUUCCUUGUAAGGAUUGCAUCAUAACAGCAGUACAGAGACAAAUAUUCACUCUUACAUAAAAUCUAGAGCAUAAAUUGUUGAAAAAUAAUAAUUUGGCAUACCCUAACGAAAAAUUACUUAUCUUGUACAGGGAUGAUACUCACUUUAUUCAUAAGUAUUUCAAUUAUAGCUGUAUCGGAAGUAAUGUUAAAAGUAAAAUAUUGAGCACUUUGAGUUUUUCCUGGCUAGGAUAUAAUAAGCAUGCCUUAAUUGUAAAAAAACUUUCAUCAAUAUUUUAAUAAGGUUACCCAGGCACAAUUGGUAUAUAAAAUUGGCAAUAAUAAAAUAUUGAAGGGUGAUAUUCAUCAAAAAUUUAAAUAUUGAAAUUUUGACAAAGAUUGUAACUGAAUCUUUAGGUGACUAAGCCUCACAAAUGCUUGCUUAAUGUCCAAUCUCUGUCAAAAUAUAGAGAAGUUGAAUGUUAAACAAAUAACUUUAUUAUUAAUGUAAUUAAAAAAAUGGCCAGGUUUACCCUAAAUGAAAAAUUAAUAGGAUGUCUACUAAUGAAACAAAGCUCCAAACACUACAAACUUAGAAAAAAUGUUUGUCUUGCCUAACAAACAAAUGUUAUAUAUACCAAAUAAUAAUUUGGCAUACCCUAGCGAAAAGUUCUUUAUCUUAUACAGGGAAGGUACUCAAUUCAUAACCAUUUGAAUUGUAGCUGUUUUAAAAUUAAUAUAAAAAGUAACUUGUAAAAUAAAAUAUUACUUACACUAUGAUUAAAUAUGAUUCCUGUGGUUUAAUUUCUUUAACUUGCUAUUUGCUUUAUCUAAUGAACAAUAAAUAUUGCUCUGUUUUCGUCAAAUUCUGCCUAUAUACAAUGUUAUGUACAUUUUUAAUAUAACCCAAUGUACCUUUACUUUAAUCCUAAGAUUACGUGUGUAUGUAUAUGAUAUUGGUGUGCUUGAAUAAAAAAUAAAUGUUUAUGUACC